AUGAACAUCUGGUGUGUUCCCAAGAACUCGUUCAAGAAAAGCCAUGUUCAUCAGAAAACAGUGAUGAAAAUACAGUUGAACAAAACGAAAAAGAGGCUGAUACAGCUUUAUGAAGGACCAAGAAAUAGAAACAAUGAACCGUCUGGCAAUGGAAAGGCUAAAUUUACAAACGGUGACCAUUAUGAAGGAUCGUUUAAGAAAGGCGUAUUCUCAGGGCAAGGUACUUUAAGGCAACGAUCGGGCCACCGCUACACGGGCGCAUUUCGUAAAGGCCUUCGCGAGGGACGUGGAAUACAAACGUACCCAGACUGUUCCACUUACGACGGAGAUUGGAUGAGAGGAGUCCGUCAUGGGUAUGGAGUAUAUUCAUACGCGAAUAAGGAUCUGUACGAAGGAAACUGGUGCCUAGAUAAAAAGCAUGGCCUUGGGUUUUAUUCAUUUGCUCAAAAUGGCCUUCGUUUGCGUGGAUCGUGGAAUGAGGGACAGUUGGUUGGACCGUUAGAGAUACUGUUCGGAAGCGUACGUUUUCAUGGGACAUGGGACGGUACGAAACUGUCGGAUGCACACGAGAGUGUGUUCAAUAUUGCAUCAAAAUAUUUGCUGCGGGGAAUAAUCCAAUGUAGUUUUUUUGACGAGUACCUGUGGACACCAUGUGAAAUCGAUCGUUACAGCUAUGCUCGCCUCCCAUUGGAACCGCUUCCGGUUCCAAUUCCGUUGAUGGAGUGCCAGGAUUGCAACAGUUCGGAUGAAUCAAUACUGGAAGAUAAUACUGUCAGCAGCAAUUAA